ACAUCACCUCCCGGAGAAGGAGUACCUAUUCGUAGGAGCGCAUACGCGCCUUUGACCCACGAUGCCCCGGAAACGCGUCCACUCCGAUACCGAGAACGACAAGCCUCCAUCCCCGAUAACAAAGCGGAUCCGCCUCUCCCGCGACUUCUUAUCGCCCUUAUCGGACGAACUCUUGGUGCGCAUCUUGACCUUUCUACCGCUGCCAGACCUCCUCAACGUCGCGCCCGUAUCGAACCGCUUCCAUCGUUUAGCGCAGGACUCGCAAAUCUGGAAACAUCUUUACUACACGCGGUUCGUCUUGCCGCGAGCGCUGCGCAUUCCAGGCUUCCGCCAUGGCGUGGCGCGAGAGGGAAAGCUGCACUAUUCGUCGCGUAAGGCAGUAUGGGCGGAUGGUAGGAGGGGAGGCUGGGUAGACAUGCGCAGUGAUGAUGGGGACAAAUUGCGCGACUGGAAGAGGCAGUACAAGCUGAGGCACAAUUGGUCAAGGGGGAAAUGCGCCGUCGAGGAACUCAACGUCGGCUCCGAGAUGGCAGGUGCUGGACAGAGCGCAUCUCGUAAGAUGCUGGUCAAAGUUGUCGAGGGAACGGCCGUGACAGCAGAUGCAGCUUCGGGAUUGCGCGCCUGGGAUUUGAGGACAAAAGAGCUCGUGGCGCAUAUUGAUUUGUCGGAGGCUAGUUCGGAAGCUGCGCCGAGUUGCCUCGCCAUCGACGAUCAGAACAUACAAGGGAAGAUGCUUAAUGUUGUGGUUGGAUUUAUAGAUGGCAGUUUUGGUAUUUGGAGGAUCGAUGUAGGGGAAGGCAGGAUAACACGGAGACAUCGACACGAGAAGUCGAGCAACGGGAAACUCGCAAGCGCGGCCCUGUCAUAUCCGUAUUUGCUGACCGCUACUGAGUCUGUCCUCAUUUCGUUAUAUACCUUUGAGGGGCCCGUAAAUUCCGCCGAGCUUGGAAGGGAAGAGGAAGAAGAGCCAGAGAGCGAAGCAGAGAGAGGGUCUGAAAGUAAGACUGCGCGGGACUCGGAAAGCCACAGCGAAGACCAGCCCAGCAACCACCGAGGGCAGCACGACCCUUCCAAAGCACGACUCCCACAGGGAGCCAUUCUUGCGGCACCAUAUCUUCUCACCUCCCUCAAGUCGCACACUUGCAGAGCACCGUUGGCAUUAUCAAUACGGAAAACCUCUGGAACUACGGUCGCCUCCAUCGCUUAUACCUUUUCCACAUUGCAGGGAUGGUCUCUUGGCAUCCAAGACUUGCAUCUGAGGCCGUCUGCCUCAAGCUCCAAACGAAACCCUAUUGUCACGACUUCGCGGCUGGCUUACACCCUGCCUGUCAAACCAGCACCAUCACAAAUGCUCUCACCACCAAGGAUGCCUUCCCGACCGCCGACAUCGUCUACCAUACCACCAGAUGACCCUAUUUCCGACGGCCCCACAAACAUAUGUUACACCCAUCCGUAUCUCCUCGCCACCCUCCCAGACAACACCCUGAUUUUACAUCUCUGCACCUCGAAUGCAUCAUCGCUCUCCAUCUCCCCCGGCAUCCGAUUAUGGGGUCACACAUCGGGCAUCUCUGAUGCCGAAAUAACCGCGCGGGGUAAAGCCGUCAGCGUGAGCUGUCAUGGUGAAGAAAUUCGAGUAUGGGAACUGGAAGGCCGGGCGGCAGAGGGAAGAAGUAUCGAAGUACGGCCAACAGCAUCGAAUGGCACCAACGAGCCCGCCAAAGCAAAUACAACGAUGGGCGCUGGCCAGUCGGGCUUUGGCGAAAGGCGGAAUUGGGUAGGGUUUGAUGAUGAGAUGGUCAUCGUGCUGAAGGAGUCUAGUGAGAAAGAGAGCCUCCUGGUUUACGACUUUACGUGAUGAUAAGCCGGUAUAGGCACUUACGGAGGGACCUGGAUUUCCAUCCACGGUUUUCUCAUACUAAACUCUACAUGUACUUAUUUUAUAAGAUAUGCCUGAAUGUACUGCGCUUGAAGUAUGUAAUCGAGGACAUCGUAUCGAUAGGCAAGACGGGACAGACGAUAAGACGAUUUUAUGUUGCUGAAACACUUGUAUCUUCAUCGAUGCUAGCCACAUGCGGAUCCGAAAAUAAUGCUGGCGGCUUCAACACCAUGAUUUUCUUCCAGGCCCCCAACAACCACCUGCGCUUCGUGGACCCGGAAAGGUAGAGUCAAUCAGAACUGGACGCAGCCCGCCACGCUGGAUACGCUUAGUUUCGACGUUGCAGCCGAAGAACCCAUCGCCGUGGCGACAAAUUCGAUCUCCUUGGGGGUAAGACUAUGCGAUAUUGUCCUUCCAACUAUAGAGAG